AUGGAUACCACUUUUGAAAAGUUUAAAUCUUUGGAAGAACUAGAUCAUCACUACGAUGAGGAACAAAAAAUACACUAUAUCGUGAUGAAUAAGCAAGAUAAUAAGGCAACAGUCCCUUGGCUUAAGAAAUUUAUCUCACUUAUCGAUAAAGUGGAGGACACAAAGGGCCCAGACUGUCUUGUUACGGUAGCUACAGGGCCUAAAAUAUAUCACACAGGAUUCGACUUGGAUGAAUGGGUUCAGAAUCCUAUUCAAUAACAUGAGGCAUUCAUUCUUUUUAACCAGUUAGCAGCUAGGAUAAUGACUUGUAAUGUACCGACAAUGACAGUUGUUAACGGACAUGCAUUUGCAGGAGGACUCUUAUUUGCAUUAGCGCAUGACCACAGAAUAAUGAGAACAGAUUACGGCUUCACCUGCUUGAGUGAGCUCAACAUUGAUUUUCCUUUACCUGAGCAAUAUGGUGAUAUUUUAAGAGCAACCUUACCUCCAGAAACAGUUAGACAUAUGCUUUAUGGUUUCAGAUACAAUGGUUAGAAGUCACUAGAGAUGAAAAUCGUCAAUCAACUUUACUAAGAUAGAUAAGAUAUGUUUAACUAGAUCCUAGGGUUUAAAAAAGAUUAUGGACCCAAAGGACUCUUUCGUUAGUCUGUGAAGGAUGCAAAAACUAAUGUCUAUAAGGAUGUGAUAAAUAAAUUGCUUUUGAAUCCUGUGUCAUUGCAAUUUGUGAGAAAGAUUGCAUCUAUGAAAAAGCCAUGA